GCGGCGCAGCCCUCCCAGCGCCCGCACGCAGCGCCGGCCCCGCCGCCCGCACCGGCCCCGCCGCCGCUGCCGGAGCCCUGCGAGCCGCGGGCAGCGCACGGCGGGCCGGCGAUGCGGCGCGCAGCUCCCGAGCGCCGGAGCCUAUGAGCGGCGGCGCGCCGCCCCGUCGGCUCUCGGGCAGCGCAGCGCGGCCGGCGCCGGGCGGCAGCGGGCGGAGAGCCGCCGGGGUGAGCGCGGGCGGGCGGCCGGUGCCGGCGGUGCGGCGGCGCGGCAGGAUGUAAGCGGGGCGGCCGGAGCGGCGGGGAGCGGGACGGCGGAGCGGAGCGGCCAUGCCCUUCUGAGGAGCCGCCGCGCAGGAUGUUCGGGCUGGAGCAGUUCGAGCCGCAGAGCAGCAGCCGGAGCGGCGGGCAGGCGGAGCGGGGCUUCGGCCAGCCCGGACUGAGCAUGAGCGCGCACUUCAAGGCGCCGGCCUUCCCCGGCGGCGGCCCGGCGGCGGCGGCGGUGGACCCGGCCCUGGGCGCGCUGGGCGAGCCGCCCCUCCUGGGCAUGAACAUGAGCCUGGCCGGGGACGCGUACGGCUUCCCGGGCCGCGGCCCCGCCGAGCUGCACGGCGGCGGCAUGCAGCCGCCGGUGCACGGCUUCUUCGGCGGGCAGCAGCCGCACGGCGGCCACGGCGGCGCCCACCACCCCCACCAGCACCCCCCGCACUUCGGCGGCAACUUCGGGCCCGACCCCGGCGCCUCCUGCGUGCACGGCGGCCGGCUCCUGGGCUACAGCGGCGCGCUGGGCGGGCAGACGGCGUUCGCCGACGGCUACGAGCACAUGGCCGAGAGCCAGGGCGGCGAGGGCUUCGGGCAGCAGCGCCCCGGGAACCUGCCCGACUUCCAGCACCACAGCGCCGGCGCCUCCAGCCACGCCGUGCCGGCGCCCUGCCUGCCCCUCGACCAGUCCCCCAACCGCGCCGCCUCCUUCCACGGGCUGCCGGCGGCCGGCUCCUCCGAGCCCCACGGCCUGGAGCAGCGGCGGCUCCCCGCGCAGGGCGGCGUGGACUCGCUGGAAUACAAUUACCCCGGCGACGGCCCCGCCGGCCACUUCGAGCUGCCCGUCUUCUCCCCGUCGGAGCCCGAGGGGCAGCUGCCGCACUACGGCGGCGGGCGGCAGGUGCCGGCGGGCGGCAGCUUCGCGGGGGCGCCCGCCCUGCCCCGGGCACCGGGCAUGGCCGUGGCCAAGGCGCACCCGCCGCAGCAGCACGGCGUCUUCUUCGAGCGCUUCGGGGGGGCGCGGAAGAUGUCGGCCAGCCUGGAGCCGGGGGCCAGCGCCAGGCACCCGCUGAUGCAGCAGCAGCAGCCGCCGCCACCGCAGCCGCCGCAGCAGCCGCCGGGCUUGCUGGCCAGACAGAACUCCUGCCCGCCAGCCAUCCCUAGGCAACAGCAAACAGAAGCCAAUGCUCCCAACCCCAACCUGCAGGACAAUGGGCCCAUAAUGCAGAACCAGCAUGCACAGUUUGAAUACCCUAUUCACAGACUGGAGAACAGGAAUAUGCAUCCCUACACCGACCCCGUGUUUAAUAUGCAGCACCCUCCUCCGCAACAGCCACCAAAUCAAAGACUGCAGCACUUCGAUGCCCCCUACGUGAGCGUCGCCAAAAGGCCGCGGUUCGACUUCCCCGGCAACCCCGGCGUCGAGCGCUGCGCCUCCUGGGGCAGCGGCAUGCACGGCCCCGCCAUGGAGAGCCACCUCUCCCCGACGGCCUACCCCGGCCUGCCGGGCGAGUUCACCCCGCCGGCACCCGAAGCCUUCGGGGGGCCGCUGCCGCAUGGCGGCCCCGAGCACCCGGCGCUGGCCCAGCGCCAGAACGCGGCCCUGGUGAUGAAGCAGAUGGCCUCACGCAGCCAGCAGCGCCUGCGGCCGCCCAGCCUGCAGCAGCUGGGGCACCACGGUGAGGUGGGCCCGCCCGGCAGCCUGCCCCCGCCCGCCUUCGAGCGGGAGGCCGGCAGCGGCGGCCGCAGCUUCGACCCGCCAGCGCCGCACAUGGCCCCCGACAGCGCCUGGUUUGCGGGGCCGCCGCCGCCCGGGGAGCUGCUGCCGCGGCGCAUGGCGGCUCCAGGGCUGCCGGCCGAGGCUGCCCCCCAUGAGCUGGGCCUGCAGCCGGGCGGCGCCGCCGUGCUCUUCCGGCCGGGUGCCGGCGGCCUGGGGCUGCAGGAGCCACUGCGAAUGGCGGGCGAUGGGCCGGCGCAGGCCUUGUCCUCACCCGGUGUCCACCCGCCCUUCGCGCCCGCCAUGGGCGGCCUCUCGCAGCUGCAGUCGCCGGGCGGCGGCGUGGCGAUGCCCAGUGCCCCUGCCGAGCGCCGCGGCCCUGCCGACUUUGCCGCCCAGCCCGGCUUCCCCUUCGCGGCAGCGGCACGACAGCCGGCAGCCCAUGGGGCCGCGCCUGCCCUCAGCGCCUCGCCGGGUGCCUACCCGCCACCCCCACCCGAGUUCCCCCCGCCGCCGCCACCACGGCCCACCGCCAGCAAGCUGGGCGCCCUCUCGUUGGGCUCCUUCAGCAAGCCGGCCAGCAAGGACAACGUCUUUGGGCAGAGCUGCCUGGCCGCCCUCUCCACCGCCUGCCAGAACAUGAUCGCCAGCCUGGGCGCCCCCAACCUCAACGUCACCUUCAACAAGAAGAGCCCGGCUGAGGCCAAGCGCAAGCUCAGCCAGGCCGAGCCUGACCCGCCGCCGCCUGCCGCCCCAGACUAUUUCCCGGCGGGGCCGCCGGCGGGCGGGGGUGGCGCGGGCAAGGCAGCGGGCACUGCCCCGCUGCUGCCCGCCGAGAGCAGCCUCUCGCCCGGCUACGCGCUGGAGCCGGCGGCCGGCGGUGAGGGGAAGGCGGGCGGCGGGCGGGGGCGGGGCCGCCGGAAACGGGACAGCGGGCACGUCAGCCCCGGCACCUUCUUCGAGAAGUUCUCGGCCGCGGAGGGCAGCGGGGCUGGUGUCAGCCCAGGGCAGCCGGCGGUGCCGGCGGCGGCGGGGGGCCCACCGGGGAGUGCGGGCACGGAGCGGGGCGGGGGUACCCCCCACGACAAGCCCCUGACCUCGCCCUCCUGGGGCAAGGGUGGCGAGCUGCUGCUGGGGGAGCAGCCUGACCUGAUGUCCUCCCUGGACAGCGGCAUCCAGAGCGUGACCAAGUCGGACGGCAGCUCCCCGCACGUGGACUUUCCCGACGAGGUCAGCACCAGCUAUGGCAAUGAGGACGAGGUGUCCUCCAGCUCCGACAACGCCGCCUCCAAGCCCACCCGCAGCCCGCUGCUGGGCGGCUCACCCAAGCUGCCCCGCGGGGAGCACGCACUUCUCAAUGGACAGAAGCCCCUGGCCCUCGGCCUCCUCAGUACGUCUACCUCGACCCCCGACAGCUACGGGCUCAGCACCACGGCGGGCGCCCACCCCGGCACGCCGGGCAUGGAGCAGGUGCGGACCCCCACGAGCACCUCGGCCCAGGACGAGAUCCACCCCCUGGAGAUCCUGCAGGCGCAGAUCCAGCUCCAGCGGCAGCAGUUCAGCAUCUCGGAAGACCAGCCCUUGGGGCUGAAGAGCAAGAAGGGGGAGUGCACGGGGCAGAACGGGGACAGUGACCUGGGCAGCUGCUGCUCAGAGGGCGUCAAGGGUGCCAUGAGCACCAUCGACCUGGACUCCCUGAUGGCGGAGCACAACUCCACCUGGUACCUGCCCGGUGAGAAGGCCCUGAUGGAGGGGCAGGAGGAGGACAAGCCCAUGGUGCCCUGGGAGAAGCCCAAGCCCACGAACCCCAGCAAAGAAGGGAGGCUGUUUCCCAAGGCCCCCUCAUACAAGCCGCUACUUCCGAGACACCAAACUGCAGUUGGAGGCAUCCUAAAGAGGAAUGGGAUGUAUUUCGAGCCCACGACCUUCCCCCGAGCAAGACCUCGGCCACGGCGCAGACCGGCAGCCACCUGCAGUGCCUCUCGGUCCACUGCACGGACGACGUGGGCGAGGCGAAGGGCCGGACUGCGGUGCCGACGUGGAGGUCCCUGCAUUCGGACAUCUCCAACAGAUUUGGGACUUUUGUGGCCGCCCUGACUUGAACAAAAGAAAUUAUUUUUUUUCUCUUUUUAAUUUCAAAGGGCCGCUACUGCUAGGUGGACUAUUUUUCUAGGUUGGUACCUGCUUAGUGGCAUAUGGACUGGAAAGGGUUAAUUUAAAGUAAACCUCAACUUUUUUUUAAUCUUCUGCCACAGUAUGUUACCAGUGUUAACCCUUCUGCAGUUAGCACACUUUUGCUUAAGAUUUUCCUGCUAGACCACUUUUUCCCAUUAUUCUGUAACCUUGGCAUACAUUUAUAGAUGAGGCCUUUUCCUUUUUCAUCUCAGCGUAUGUCCAAGUCACGUAUGUCAUAAUAAGACAAAGAUCCUCCUCCUCCUCUUCUUCCUCAUUUGCUUUGUUUUUCUUUUUUUUUUUUUUUUUCUUUGUUUUGCUUUGUUCAGUGCUUAUUACGAUGGUGAUCCUGAAGAACAGCAGUUCAGGAAUAAACGCCGGUUAAAGUGAAAUGGUCAUCAUUAUAUUAUAUAUUAUAUUGACACCCAGCUUUUGCCAGUCACAUACAAACCAAACAGUUAAUGCUCUAUUGAAUAUUCAGGCAACGAGCCUGCCCUUUCUGGAGAAAAUGAUGUUCUGUUGCUAAUAACGUUCAGCCUCGGUUGCUCUCUGCCUCCCUCUGCGAGGCGAGGACGCUCGUUCCUGUAUUUACCCUGCUGAAGCCCAGAGACGGAGCUCUGUCAGGAACAGGCUGGUUCAGACACAGCCGGGGAAGGUAUAGAAGAGAUGUUUUUCUAAAUAAGUCGAACAGGAAGUUUACUUUAUUAUUAAGAGUCGUUAUGUCCUCCACCGAAUGCCCAGGCUCCCUCUCGGCUUGCGAGGAGGAGCAGGGGGUGCUCCCCAGCGAGGCCACAGCCUCCUGGUCCUGGUGAUGCUCCUGCCGAUCCCACUUUAUAACUGCUGGAGGAAAAAAAUCCCCCGGAGCCACUGUGUGCCUCCAGCCUGGGCUGUCCCGAGGUGUCCCGCUGCAAGAGCUGGCACCCCCAGCGGGGCUGGGUCCAUUGCCCGCUGUGGCCGGUGUCCCCAAAGCCCUGCCUGGUGGCACUGCCGCACCCUGCCCGUUUUUCACCCAUUUUUAGCUGAAGGAAGAUGCUGUUGAUCGAAGCAGGACGCAGCGUCCUGUGCAUGCAGCCGUCCUGGUGCAGUGGCGGCGGUCAGGGGACGGCCCGAGCAGGGGAGUGCGGGGGGCUGUAUGCCCACGGUCAGCGUUUCCUAAUCUGCCAGGUAGGGAGACACCCCGUUAGGCCUCCCCCCCCACCCAAACUCAUUUGAGGCCCCGUUUUUGCCAUGCGUUGAAGAGCAGCGUUACUUAGAUGCACACAAUAAAAGGAAAACCAUACUUCCCUGCUCAUGAUAGAUAAUACUCAUUCGAGAAGAAAGUUGGAAGCAAACCAGAUAAAAACACGACUGACGUGAUGAUCCGACACUCCUGUGGUUUUACGUAAAUGUCCAUUAUUUGUGUGUCCUCUGUGUAGAGGGAGUGCGAGCCGUCCCCCCCUGCCCCGCGCAGCCCGGCUCGCUUUCCUCUGCUCCCCGAAGCUUAAUAACAUCACUGGAGAUUUAGGUUUUAGCUGUGAAAUAAAGGUCGGCCUCUCUAGGGUUAUUUAUUACUUCUGUCAUGAAUUCACAAAAUGUGUCCCUCCUCAAGGGAUGGAGUUUGAAGACUGCUUUGUAUUUUAUCUUCGAUGAUUGUGCUGGGCCUUUAAUUAUUUUGAAGUAAUGUUCUCGGUAGACACCAAUGGAGAGGGAAUUCUGCCUAAAAUGCCAGUGGCGCGGGAUGGUCUGAAAUCCUCUCUCUCGGUCAUAUGUGGCUUCAGAGAGACUCGCAGUGUUUGGAAAUGUUAGUUGAAUGUGCUCUUAUUAACCAUGCAUGGAUUGAUUUCCUCUUACCGGUCUGGUCAGUGACUUGACUUUGGAUAAAUUUGGGAGCUUUGAAAUGUGAUUUUUCAAUAUUGUUUUACUUUGUGUUGAAGUUGGAGCUGCCACGAGGAUGAGGAUUUUUGCCCAUCCUGGAGCAAUUGGCUGUGGAGCUGCUUCACGCCUUCUUGGUUUGAAACAAAAAAGAUGGGAUGUUUCGUACCUUUGUAGGUGUGUGCGCUGCCGAAAGCUCCGAGCCCUCCCCUGUCCCUGCAAUGAAAUAUCACUGUCCCCAGUAAAAUACCUCCUGGUAGAGUAAUAAUUUUCAGCCCUCACUCUGGAAGAUGCCUCUUUGCCUGUGAUUUCUGAAGUCCCGGUUCACCCAAAUACGUGUUUAACUUUUAAUCCUGUCUAGCAAAGUGCUUGGGGGCUCUGGAGCGGGGCCGGGGCUGCCGUGGUGGGUUCCCUCUGCAGCUCCCACCACUUCCAGCCUGGUGGGGCUUGGAGUAACCCCAGCCAAACACAUGCCUAGACACAUGAUACCGCGUUCCAGCACUUGCAGCUGAAAAUUUAGAAAGAGUUCAUGGUCUGAUGGCAUUCCUGCACCGGAGUGCAGGAGUGCAGCCGAUGGCUUACUUCUUUGUUUUUAGUUUUUCCUGCUGCAUUCAAGAGAACAGGUUUUUCAGGCUUCCUGAGGUCAGGGAUGCACACCCUGCACUACCGGGAAGAGACCUCUCGGUGAAUGCUGCACCAAACAUUUCAGAUGGCUUUUAAAGAGAAAUCCUCCUUAAAGUAGAAAGGCAGUGACUCAGUUGGUCUCACCGCCCUUUUUCUUCUGGUUUGCUCUCUGCAGCGGGUUCUUCUCUCCUGGAGUCCACUGGGGACUGGCUUUGUCACUUGCUCAUAGAAAUACAAAGUGGAAGCAAUUCCUCAAAAACCAAUGGAACCCCAGCAGUUUUAAAUCCUAUGAAAUGAGGGGGACGGGCUGUACUGGAGCCGGGAUCGUGUGUUUUCAGCUGCCGAGUGUGGGAGCUGUGGCACCGCUGGGUCUGCUCCCACAUCGCUGGGCUCGUGAGGUGGAUGCAGUGGGAGGACAGGAUUUUUAGGUAGUGAGGAGUUAAAAUCAGCAGUUGACCGUCUUCUGGGCCUUAUUGUCCAUGUAGUCUUGCUGAGUAAUAUGGUCACAUGCGAUCCUUUUGCUAACCUCCUAUCCAUUCGAUCUUGCUUAAAUUAAGUGACAUUAUCAACCGAGCAAAAGGAGCCGAUGCGAGCUCUCCCCGGGGCAGCAGUUAGCAGCGCCAGGGCCGACCUGCGCUUUUAUGGUUUCUUUGCUUUUUGCCAAAGAUCAGAACAGAAACGGUACAUAUGACUGACCAGGACAAGCUUCAUGCUCAUAACCUGGUGUACUUGGUACUGACAGCAGAUGCAGAAGGCUAGAGCUUUGUCAUGAAGCUUGUGUUGCCUGCAGUAGUUUCAUUUUACUAAUUUUCUCCAUUAAUUUGACAUUGAAUGCACUGAUUUUUUAAAUUAUUUUUUUUAACGUAUCUAAACUACCAGCGUAGCCCCAUGUGGUAAGAAUUGAAAAGAUUUAAUUUUGUGAACAAUAAUACUUCCAACCCAGUCGUGUUGGAGAGCUGUAGGAAAAAGCCAGUUGUGCAAGAGGUAAGUUGCGCUCUUCCGUGGAAGGGGAAGCUGAGGCACAGCCGGCGUCGGCCCGAGCCGGGCCAAAGCCCCGUGGGCGGCAGAGCUGAGCGGUACCCGAGAUCCGGCCUCUGCUCCUUGCUGAGCUGCACGGCUCCAGGCGUGCUUCCUUCAGAGGAUGAGCCGGGGCAACAGAGAGUGACAUUUAUGAGCAAAUUUUCCCCAAAUGACUGCGUAAACCCAGAAUAACUUAAUCUCGCGCCUGCUUGUCCUACAGGGCUUCCAGACAGGGGGAAGAAGUUGUACCAAGAAGUCAAAGAUCUGUGGUAAACGUGCCAUUGAGAUGUGCACAAACUUUGCUAUAUGUUGUGAAGGACAGCUAAAAUGCGGCUUUUGGAGCCUUCUCCCUGCCUUGCCCGGCAGUUUGGGGUCUCCCGCGCAGCCCCCGCUGCCCGGGCACGGGGGAGCCUGGGCAUCACUGACCUCCUGACUCCUUUGGUAUUUGUUAGAAGAACCUCUGCACUUAGUCUUGAAGGUAAAAUGUAGUAGCAAACGGAGCAAAAUCUCUCUUGCAUUUAAGUUGGGAGGAGGGAUAAAAUAUCUCUUUGCCAAAAAAAAAAAAGAAUAGGCCGUAUUUAUUAAAAGACUUGCAAAUUUUCUCCACAUCAUUUUUUCCCUAGGGUUACUAGUUCGCUGCUAUUCUAGCUCGGUUAUUCAGUGAGAGAGGGGUUAGGCUCAUUUUUGUUUAGUUAUGGUGACUUUUAUCAACGAGGUAAGGAUGUCAUGGUGUGGUCAGGGUGGAAGGGGAUGAGCGUCAGAGUUGUGUCAUCUGGGUCAUGGAGGGAGCGGCUCCAGAUACCGCACGUCUCGGGGUCGUUCCGAGGCUGCCUGCCCUUCCCAGACCAGGAAUCGGGCUGAGGCUUCCAGGCACCACCAGUAAGGCAAACUGGUCGCACCUGUGGGAAGGAGGGAGAGGGUGAGGUGAGCCCAGGGCAGCGGAACGCGGCGCUGCUGGGAGGGCGGGGGGGGGCGGGGAGGGGAAAGGCAGACAGAAGAAACAAAACUGGUAAAUUUUGAUUCUUUUUGUUAAGCUGCAGUGUAAGGUUUUCUCAACUACUAGAUUCACAGCUGUUCAAUGGAUGGUGUAUAAGAGCAUAACCCAUUUUUAUAGAAUUGUUUCUCCUUUAUUGCUUAAGGCUAAUGGAGGAAAUAGUCUAAUUUUGUCUUAGAAAUUCUCUAUUAAAAUUGUUGGUUUGAGUCCAUCCGCUCAUAGAUUCUGACUGAUGAAACUGCAGGCUGUGAUUUCCAGCAGUUAUAACUUUAUCACUAUUCACUACCCAAGAAUAUUACAGCUUUAAAACAGCCUUAAGCAAAAGGAUGUUAUUUCUUUGUACUAAAUUUGGUUAAUGGAAAAGAAAAAAAAAAAAAUUCAAAACACUGGUAAUCCGUACUGCAUAGCAAACUCUUCUGAAAAAUGUUAUUGCACAUGUAAAAUAUGAAAACUUGACUCUGCUGUGUGUUAGGCAAUCCUGUAAUCUUUUUUCUUUUUUUUUCUUUUUUUUUUUUUUUUUGAUUCUUGUUAAAUUCAUUUCUUAAAUGCUUGGUUGGAAGACUGUGACAAUAGCUCAUGAAAUUGAGUGUUAUUUUUCUUUCUUUUUUUUUUUAAAUAUGUAAAGUGCAGUCUUCUGUAUUCAUGCAUAUUGUACAUAUCUGUAUAUGUUUUACUGAGCAACUAAAUAACAAUAAAUAUGAUGUUAAUGGUG